AUGGAUACCGCGUACGACCAUAUCACAGAAGAAAGUUACCCGCAAGAUCCGCCCUCACAAGACAAAGACAAGGGCAAGGACACUGCCGACCCCGCUCAGACGACCACAUUUAAUGCCGAAAUUCAAGAUGCAUACAAGGCAAUCUCGAACAGUCCCUGGGCAGCGAGAUUGGGAGGCUUCCUUGGAACCGUAAAGAAGCAGGGCGAGCAAUACUACGAAACCGCCAAUAAGCAGCUCCCUACCGUGACCGCCAACGCCCAAGCCAGUAUCUCCUCCCUUAUAAGCCAUACACGCUCGCUCAGCGUCCAGACCGCAGAGGCUUCGGCGGCUCAGACAGGUGCCAAAGAUGCCACAAGCAAAGAGGGGGAGACUGAGGCCCACCCAGAUCGCCCGGAAUCUUUGCCUGCGGACAUAGUUAAAGAAGCAGAGGGCAUGCUAUCGCGCUUCAAGUCUGAGGCUUCCAAGCGCCUGAAAGACAUCGAGAAGGCAGAAGAUGCGGCCGACGAGGCCCUGCUCAAAUUCGGCAGUAACAUCCGCAACUUCCUCCGUGAUGCGGUCACCAUCGCACCCCCGACAUCCCCUACAUCCGCUGACGAUCCCUCAAAAGUACUUUUCGAAUCAAAGGAUAGCGAGGGCAAGCGCGUCAUUCACACCACUCGCUUCGAUGCACAGCUGCAUGUCAUCCAUUCAUCACUCGAUUCCUUCCUCAAGGACCCACAAUCGCCGGAAUGGGCGACCUGGAAAGCCAAAUUCAACACGGAGGAGAAGACAGAGGCUAUAGCUAAGGAUUUGGAGAAACACCCAGAACUCAGACGGGCAAUGGAGAAAUUGGUUCCCGAGAAGGUGGAAUACAAGGACUUCUGGACCCGAUACUACUUCCUCCGACAUGUGAUCGAGACCGAGGAGCAGCCAUCUGCUCCCGAAGAGGAAGAAGUUGGCUGGGAUGAGGACUCAGAGGAGGAAUCGGAAGAAGAAUCCGAGGAAGAGUCAGAAGAAGAAUCAUCUGAUGAAGAUGAAGUGGCUACGACUCCUGUCAAGCCGAAACCAACAAACAUGAACGCCUCGAAAGAAACACUAAAGCCCGAGCCCGAGACCUUGAAGCCCGCACAACCACGUCGAUCUAAUGAUGAGAAGUCCGUCGCUGACAGUGAUGCAAGCUACGACCUCGUCAGCGGCACUAACAGUCGAGCCCCAAGCCGCGCCCCAGGAUCGCCACAAGACAAGAAGAAGGUUGUUCAAGAGGAGAGUGACAGUAGCGAUGAGGAGGACUGGGAGUAA